UAUAUCAUUGUCACCAUUUUCAAUAUUCAAUUCAUUUGGGCUUUGUCUGCUUACCUUGAUCCUUCCUUUCAUCCACCCAUUUAUAAUCUAAUAAAUUUCUCCCCCAUUCUUCAAUCUUUUGUACAAAUUCCUCUUAUCCCAUCAAAAAUCUGCAAACCCAUUACCAUAGAGGUUUAAUCUUUACUCUCUCUCUCUCUCUCUCUCUCUUCUGUAUCCGCAAACCUAUUAUCAUAAAGGUUCAAUCUUUGUCCCUCCAAUUCUCUCUCUUCCAUAUCUAUUUGGGUUUUGUUAGAUUCCAUUCAAAGUCGUGGAAAUAUAAGUAUUUUUGCAGAUUUAAUCUGUAAUCACAAAGAAAAGGGUAAUAAUAUGGCAGAAGAACAUGGAUUUCAAGCCCCCGAAGGUCACCGUUUAUGUGCAAAUAACUGCGGUUUUUUUGGGAGCUCUGCAACCCAAAAUCUUUGUUCCAAAUGCUACGGAGACUUCUGCCUGAAAGAAGAUCAGAAAAAGUCUGUAAAGACCGCAGUAGAGAAUUCUCUCUCUGUAUCAGCCUCCUCCGCUGUAUCAUCGGUUGCGCCACCGUAUUCAUCGCCGGUGUCGUUGCAGAAAGCUGCCGGUGAUGGGCUGGUUUCGGCGGCGGAGGAGGUGGUGGUUGUGCAACCGGUGGCGGCGCAGUUGAACCGGUGCUCGGCGUGCAGGAAAAGGGUCGGGUUGACAGGGUUUAGGUGCAGGUGUGGGACCACGUUUUGUGGGACCCAUAGGCACCCAGAGCUUCAUGGGUGUACGUUUGAUUUCAAGGCCAUAGGGAGAGAGGCCAUAGAAAAGGCUAAUCCUGUGGUCAAAGCAGAGAAGUUGGAGAAGAUAUGAUCUUUACCGUUGGAUUUGAUGACUUUGUAUGUCAUGAACGGUGGAUAGUAUGCUUGUGGUCAACAUAGACAUGGGGGAGUCGUGUUUAAAAAAAGAAAAUGGGUUGUGACUUGUGAAUAUAUUUUUUUUUUCUUUUUAGUUUUUUUCUUUUUAAACAAAUCUAUGUGGUUGCAUGUAAAAAAGGUUCUUAUGGUGUUAAUAGUAUAGAUCAAGUUUUAU